CACUGAACAAUAUCGUCGCACUGGACUCGUACACUUUCAUGUGAGUGCUCGCGUGUAGUAGAAGAAGAAAAAUAAUAAUAACAGUAGACAUACAACUCAUCUACUACCUACCUGUCUACUAUCCAAUACUUUACGAAAAACAAAUUGGUUUGAAAAGCGAAAUAAAAUAAAGAUAAAACACGCCAUCGUGUUGCUGUGAAAAUUUAAAAGCAGUGAAAACUGAAAAGACCAGCCCCACCUCGAGGGUCGUCAGAAUAGCGUUAUCUUUUCGCCAGCAAUAGUGCUCGGUUCUACUGCAUCAGCAUACAUCACCCUACCCUCUGCUUGCCUGGCACCCCCACCCAAGUUUGUCGUUCGGUCGCUAACAGUCGUUGCUGUUGUCUUGUCACUCACAGCAGCAUAACAAUUAACAAAUGUGUUCUAUUAAAACUACAUAAGGAUAUUUUUAUUUAUUUCCUUCUCCGUAACACAAUUAAUAUUCAUAACUACAUAUACCUAUACUACAUGUGUGUCGAUAAUGUGUAAGUGCCGCAAAAUCCGUUCCGAAGGAGAACUAAAAAUAAAAACUUCCUAAAAGCUAGUGUUACAUAAAUGCGACUAACUCUAGUGCUACUGCUGCUUCUGCAGAGGUGUGACAUAUUUUGUGGAAUUGUAUUUGAUGGACCAAGGAAAAAUAGUAAAUACUAUAUCAACAACACACACGACAACCCUAUAUAUCUACUAUAGCAGGGCACACAUAGAUAUACACUCAUGCAUACAUGCAUAUGUAUGUUCAACAGAGAACUUUUCGCAGCACAUGCAAGGAAGAAAUAUUGAUUUUUAAGCGCACAGUAGUGAAAUUGAAUAUGGAUCCAAAACAAUAAUUGCUGUCAGUUGUUGCACACUCGCCUUUCGGAAGUUGGAACAACGAUAUAUACUCAGUAGCAAGGACAACCUAUUAUGGACAGCAGAGGUGGACGAAUUAGUCUACUGCAAAGGUGCUAUUAUAUUAGAAGCUGCUUCUGUCUCUCCUGAAUAUAAAAAAAUAUUAAACGCUAUAACCUGGAAUAGGGGAGAACAAUUUGUAGCCAGAUCUUGUUAUGUUUUCUCCGCGUAUGCGUCCGAACUUUAUCGUUUAUCCUUUAUCACUUGGUGAUGAGUCUAAUGCUUCUUUGUUUCACCUACUAAAGAUAUUUUCCUUGGAACUCCUAAUGACCUGUUUGCAUGUAAAAUUGUUAAAGCAAAUGAUUAACGUUAAGCAACAUGCUCCCGGACCGGUAUCGACGUGUGGAAACUGAAGGAUCUGCCGUGAACGAAUGUAAUGCAAAUAUUCCGCCAGUUAUCACAACUGUGAAUGGCAUUGUGACGAAGACUACAACGACCAGUGGUUCUUUUAGGGAAGUCAACAAUGAGACAAUCUGCGCUGAUGAUUCGCCAAGAAAGAGCAAGGAUGGCGACAACAUUAUUACAAUCACAACAACGAGCAUAAACAAUUACGCAAAAAAUCCAGACCUACACCGUGAGUUAACAAAAACGCCUUCCCAGACGACGAAGAGUCUGAGUUCAUUCAAUAAAAAAGUGUCACCCGAUAACGAUCUUGAAGGCAGCUCCUCUUUACGAAAAAGCAUUGUGAAUACAAGCAGUGCAACAGCGAGUAGUGGGUUGAUCCCAGUCUCAACAUCGAGUAUUUGGAACUUGUCACACCUGGUAUCGUUUCAAGAUAACAUUGCUCUUGUUCACCACCGCAAAGGCAGGAGAUUACAUGGACUGCAGACGCCGCUGCAUCCGCUGCAGUUAUUCGGAUGGUCGGUCCUGCUACUGUUUGGGUUAGCGGCGUAUUGGAUCCUGGUUCCGUCCUUCACCACAGAGAUCCAAGGACCAUUGUAUGGCCUAUUUACUGGACUGUAUCUCGUGCACAUAGUGUCUCAUUUGGCCGCUUUACUUAUUGACCCGGCUGACCGAGAGCUUCGACGCAUACAUCGAACAGACCGCAUUGUCCCUGAAUUUGACCGCUCGAAACACGCACAUGUUAUUGAAAACGGUCGGUGUCAUUUGUGUAACAUCCGAACCUCUUCCGCGCGCACUAAGCACUGCUCUGUUUGCAACAAAUGUAUUGGUAAAUUUGACCACCACUGUAAGUGGUUGAACCAUUGUAUCGGCUCACGUAACUAUGUAGCUUUCCUGAUGUGCGUCGUAAGUGCUGUUUGUGCUGCCCUGGUCAUUUUGUUGGCGGUAAUAGCGCAGAUUUGCUUCUAUUUUUUGCGUCCAGAAUGGCUCAGUUUUUGGUACGAGAGUGGUCCCACCACAACGGCGAUACUGGACAGCGAAGGUGGUAGCAGCUUGGAUCUGUACGAUCUUAAUAUUACUAGCGAAAGCGUCAGUUUCAAUGACAUCUCGGGCAACUUUACCAACACCAUCAUUGAAGUGUCAGGCUCUUUCAACAACUCCAUCCUGACUUCGGUGCUCCAAAAUCUGACUACAAUUGCUGGGGACCAAUACAAUGAAACUUUAAGUGCAGAUAGCACCCCCUUUGUCUCUUUGGGUACUGACGAUAACACCAGAAUUGUUCUUUCUAAAACCAACUCGAGUGGGGUCAAUUCCUCUUUGGAGUCGUCUGUAGUGUCAUUUGCCGGCAUAGCAGUGAGUCAACAAAUCUUUUUGGUUUUGCUGGGCCUUCUCGGACUAUUGGCAGCGAUUACUGCAGGGUUACUGCUACAUUUAUGUUUCUUUCACAUAUAUAUAUCGUUUCUGGGCUUGACCACUUACGAAUACAUACGUAACCAUCGACUAGCUCAGGAGGCUAAAAAUAAGCAAGUACCCAAGACUGGCGAGGACUCGCCGAAUAACCCCAAUGACCAUCCGUCCAAAAAGACUAAAGAUUGUGGCAAAUUUUAUGUAUGCUCGACGCUGGUGCAUCCAAAUGAUCUGGGAACAGAAGGUUCCAAGCCGAAUGUGUCGCGUACUUUUGAAGAUAAUACACAUUUUAGUUUACAUUGCUGUGCCAAUUCGAGGGAGUAUCAUCAGACUGCAUUAAACACAUAUUAUAUGUGCUCCUUGUUGGAGGAGAAAAAUAUAAGACCGCCACUCACUAUAGCCCACAUCUCUUCGGGCAUAGACAAUGAAGCAGAUGCCCCCGACCGAACUGAUAUGUCCAGAGCAUUCCAUUGCUGCUCAGCGUUCAAGGCUUCCACAUCGCAGAGGCGAGUAAGCGCGGCCACUUCAAAGGCGACCCUUGUUACCAAUCUCGAAAAUCUUGCUGCGAUGAACAGUCGUAGCCGCAGCUACGUUCAAUACACUGAGCAGUGCACCUUUUGCACAUUUCAGUUACGCAGCCCCAUCGCCGUAAAGAGGGAUGUCAAAUUAACCGCGAACAAGAGUCUGUCGCUUAAUUUUCAUAGGAAUGUAAAUCCGAACCAAAUAUCUCGAAGUGCGUCCGCUAAAUCACAGACGUCAACAUCGACGACCCAAAAAAGAUGUUGCAUGCAAACAAUAUCUAAACAUCAACGAUGGCGCAGAAAAUGGAACUGCUGCUCAUCAGUGCCUGACAGCCCCGAUAUUCCCAAUGAUAUUACAGCAGAACUGACAAUGAAACAUAACCAAGAAAUGGCAGCGAAAUUUGGGCGCAAGGCCACGGAAGCCAUUGGAAAACCUGCAAGAGCCGAAAUGCCAAAUUGGAAAGAAAAGUUAGGCGGCGGGGUGAAGUCAGAUGAGAAAAGCUCACAAGGUCAGCUGCAAAUCGCCAGGACGUGGCCCGUCAUGCGUUUUCGGCACGUGAUGCGUGCUCUUAAUCGCUACAGACGUCCACGUUGCAGGCAACCGCAUACAAAUGACAUCCAAGAAUUGCAUUUGAAGCAAAACCAGGUUAGGCCGAUUCCUUUGCCUUUGGACACCAACAGUUCCGGUAUAAGCGAUUCCGACAGUAGCUCCACAUUCCCACCUUUAUCCGAGACCACAUCGUCAUCCACGAUUUCAGCCAAUCAAUCCAACUUUAACGAUUGCGCCUACACUGCGAUUUCUACACAAACGUCGGCAACUUACAAGACAUCCUUGCUGCCUACAUCGAUCAUACGAGACGACACCUCUAUGACCUAUAGCUCAGCACCUGUCGGAAUAAUACUGCCGCCAGCAUUACCUCCGCCAACCAGAAGAAAGAUACCAAACAACGCCGAUCUUGAAGAAUUGGUAGAGACCUUAGCCUUUGCUUCCUACAGUGCGUCCACAGGGCCCAGUUUAUCGUAUUCACCCGUCCAACGACUACCUUCAACAAACGGCAUCUAUCGACGUCACAGACGCAAACACUUUCUGCUUACUAGAUCGCCAACCCUUUCGCCAAUACAUGAAUCCGGCCUCUCGAAUCCAACCUCGCCUCAACCGUGUCGACAUGCAGUUACCCAAUGCUCAGCUGCAACCCUUGUUGCGAACAAUAUUUGCGGUACCAGGGCUUUGAUGACCAACAACGCUUCAAGCAGUUCCGUAAACAGUGACAACCUAUCUACGACAUCCAGCAGCAGUAACUCGGGCUAGAGUUGCAAUGUACCAACCAAAUCUAAAAGUAGCAUAACAUUUUUGCAGCUGUUUUUCUGCAUUUAUGUACAUAGAUACGUAAUUUCUUCUAUCACUAUCAAUCUCAAAUCAAAUAAAAUUAUUUUUGUCAAUCGAACAUAA